CUGGAGCCGCCGCUCUGCGGCUGGGCGGGCAGACUCAUCCCCUCAGCGCUGGGUUAUGGUGAAGGCAUCGCCCGGCGUUCUGGAGAGGUCAACGUAAGGGACGGUCCGAGUGGCGUCGGCAGUCAUGGUGGUGUUCCUGGGCCGUCACCUCCCGGCGCUCCUCGGGCUCUUCAAGAAGAAGGGCUCUGCCAAGGCUGAGAGUGACAAACGACUAAGUGUGGGGCCAGGCCAGGGGCUAGGGUCUGCAGUGGAUGAGCACCAGGACAAUGUCUUCUUCCCCAGUGGGCGACCGCCUCACCUGGAAGAGCUGCACACGCAGGCCCAGGAGGGGCUCCGUUCCCUCCAGCACCAAGAAAAACAGAAACUGAACAAGGGUGCCUGGGCCCAUGGAGACACACAGAGCAUCCAGUCCUCCCGGACCGGGCCAGAUGAUGAUAGCAUCUCCUUCUGCAGCCAGACUACGUCCUACACAGCUGAGAGCUCCAUGGCAGAGGAUGCUCUCUCCGUCCGCUCUGAGAUGAUCCAGCGCAAAGACCCACAGAAAGAGCUGGUCUGACCACCAGGCACCUUGCUGGCACUGCUGACCCAUCCCAGGAAUACAAUCUCAGGGACCUGAGCGGCUCCAAGGAUGAGAGGAUACGGCAGACACUUAACCUGGAGGACGCCUGCAGCCUUAACCUCCACGGCCUUCAAUAUUUACGCAAGCCUGGUGUGGUUCCUGUCCUCCAAGUCAUCCGGCUCUCAUGCCUUUUCCUGAAUGGAUUCACCUCUGGCAGCUGCCGCUUCAGUCGUGGCCUUAGCCUCAUCUUGAAGGAGGUAGCUGGUGGGAGUGGGUGUCUGUGCCCCCUGCUGGCCUCAAGGC